CUUCCAUCUAAACUGGAACACCUUACUUUGAUCAAUUACAAUACUCCCCUGCCAAUAUUACCAAGCCAUCAUUUAAAGUCAUUCAAUGUUAGUUUGGAUUAUAUGUCAAUUGGUCAUUAUAUAAAGAAACUAUAUAUAAAUGGAUCAUUCCCCUCUAGUUUGACAUCACUUGACUUACCUCAUUAUAUGAAUCAAGGUUUAACAGUUGGAACACUCCCACAAUCAUUGAUAUCUCUUCAUCUAGGAACAUAUAACAAUUAUCUACUACCUGGAGUCUUACCAAACAAUUUAGAGAAUCUUCGCACUGGCGUAGAAUAUAAUAAAUUGUUGGAGAAAAAUAUACUUGGAGAUAAUAUUCAAUCAUUGGAGUUUGGUACCAAUUAUAAUCAACCAAUUGGAGUUGGUGUAUUUCCAUCUAAUCUUAGAUCACUAACCUUUGGACGAGAAUAUAAUCAGGAAAUAUCUCCAAGAGUACUUCCAAAUAGCUUGGAAUCAUUGAUAUUUGGUCAUAGUUUUAAUCAACCGAUCAAUGAGGGUACAAUUCCAACUGGACUCAUUACUUUGAAGUUUGGUGACUCGUUCAAUCAACCUAUAGUGGUGUUGGAUACACUCCCUUCAUCUAUCACCAGUUUAUCAUUUGGUACUAGUUUCCAUCAGACUCUGAUGCUUUGCAUUCUCCCUUCAGCACUGCUCAGUCUCGGAAUAGCAUCAAAAAGGACGAUAGUAUGUGAGCUACCUGAAUCACUUACAUCACUUGAGUACACUGGUUCUUCAGCCAGCAUCAUUGAUGAUACUGUAAGAGAUUCCGAGAAUCUACAAAAUGUAUUGAUUCGUUUAAAUAUAAGAGAUCUAUCCAUUCUUGAAGGUAUUGGAAUGGAAAAGCCAUUUGAAUUUCUUACAAAGUUAAAGUUCGAACUUUACUUCAACUCUCCCUUUGAUCGAUCAUUCUUCCUCCAAAAGUUACUGAUCUUGAUCUUGGGAGCCUCUAUACCAAGAAGAUCAAGCCACAUACUUUGCCAAAGACUCUCAGAC